UCAUCACGGCCUUGGACAAGGAACGACAUCUGUCCACGGACAUCCGCUUGGCAGCUCUCCCAAUCCUUCAAAACAAACAUCCGGAACGCUUUUGUUUGUCCUAACAGUUUGCGAUACACUGCAUUGCCUUCACGAGCUACCAGCUGUUUGCUCAAUCAAGCUGAAGGAGCCACAUCAGGCGUUGCCCACACUUCAUUAACCCCUGUACUCUGACGUCUUGCUCACGUCUUGCUCAUCUCGACAGCCAUGGCAACUGCGAUUGCUCGCGUCCGGGCGGUCACGAAGCUCCCCGGUCAGCUUCGCGCCUUUAGCUCUACUUCCGCGGUGGCUCCCGCUACGGGAGGGGUAAAGCGAUUGGGUGUCAUCGGCGCUGGGCAGAUGGGACUCGGCAUCGCUCUUGUUGCGGCGCAGAGAGCACAGGUUCCAGUGACAUUGAUUGACGCCAACAAGGCGGCCCUCGACAAGGGUAUUUCGUUUGCUGAGAAGCUUCUCGCAAAGGAUGUGUCCAAGUCUAGGAUCACUCAGGAACAGGCCGACCAGGCCCGGUCGUUCAUCUCUCCUAACACUUCCAUUGAUGCGCUGUCGGAUGUGGACUUUGUGAUUGAGGCCGUUCCCGAGAUCCCCAACCUCAAGUUCGAGAUCUUUGCCAAACUAGCCGAAAUCUGCCCAAAGCAUGCCAUCCUGGCCACUAACACGUCGUCUAUCUCUAUCACCCGCAUCGCGGCCUCGACGACCAAGGACCCUACAGACACCUCUGCCAGCUCGCGAGUCGUCUCAACCCACUUCAUGAACCCCGUCCCCGUCCAGAAGGGAGUGGAAAUCAUUAGCGGCCUCCAGACUAGCCAGGAGACGCUCGACAAGGCCGUUGAUUUCUGUAAGGCCAUGGGCAAAAUCACGUCAGUCUCCGCGGACUCUCCCGGGUUCCUCGCCAACCGCAUCCUUAUGCCCUACAUCAACGAGGCCAUCAUCUGUUUGGAGACGGGCGUGGGAGACAAGGAAUCUAUCGACUCCAUCAUGAAGAACGGCACCAACGUGCCGAUGGGCCCGCUGCAGCUCGCAGACUUCAUUGGCCUGGACACGUGUCUCGCCAUUAUGAAGGUCCUCUACGAAGAGACCGGCGACUCAAAGUACCGGCCCAGCGUGCUGCUGCGCAAGAUGGUUGAUGCCGGCUGGUUGGGCAAGAAGAGUGGGAAGGGCUUUUACGACUAUUGAGACAGGAACCUGGGGUAAUUUGGGUGAAAACAAGGGUGUUUGACGUAUCGCGCUAGGGGCUAGGAUAAGGUUGUGUCAACAGAAUGCAAAACAAUCCAUGCCAUGCCAAUGUCGGUCUGCUGGCAUUUCUCGUUCCCGUCGAGAGAUAUGUGAGUGAUUAGGACAUACCUGACGGCGUUCGGUUCCGAAUAUAGAAACGAGUCUACAUAGGCUCGACUUCACACCAGCAAGUUGCGGGACUACCUAAAUUGAGUGUCGAGUUGAAAAGACUAUGAGGCAGAGGAAACAAAAAGCCAUAGGGAGAGCUUCCUAGGGAG